AAAGGAUUCACUCCUCUACAUGUAUCAGCCAAGUAUGGAAGCCUGGAGGUGGCAAAACUCCUCCUGCAGCGGAAAGCUAUGCCUGGGACGACGCCGGCAAGAAUGGUCUGACUCCGCUGCACGUGGCAGCUCACUAUGACAACCAGCAGGUGGCGCUGCGCUGCUUGACAAAGGGGCGUCGCCCCACGCCACCGCCAAGUCCUCUCUGCUCUCAGAACGGAUACACCCCACUCCACAUCGCUGCCAAGAAGAACCAGACGUCCGUCGCCUCGUCUCUGCUGCAGUACGGAGCGGAGACCAACGUCCUGACCAAACAGGGGGUCACCCCUCUACACCUGGCCUCACAGGAGGGGCACAGUGACAUGACCAGUCUGCUGCUGGGCAAGGGGGCACACGUCAACACUCCCACUAAGAGUGGUCUGACACCCCUCCACCUCACGGCCCAGGAGGACAGAGUGAAUGCAGCAGAAGUUCUGGCCAAACGUGAUGCUAACCUGGACCAGCAAACCAAGCUCGGCUACACUCCUCUCAUUGUUGCCUGUCACUAUGGAAACGUAAAGAUGGUCAACUUCCUCUUGCAGCAGGGUGCCAGUGUCAACGCCAAAACGAAGAACGGUUACACUCCACUUCACCAGGCAGCACAGCAGGGACACACACACAUCAUCAACGUCCUGUUACAGCAUGGAGCGACACCCAACACUACUACUGCUAAUGGGAACACUGCUCUGUCCAUUGCCAGACGUCUGGGUUACAUAUCUGUCGUUGACACUCUGAAGGUCGUCACAGAAGAGGUCAUCACCACGACAACGACUGUGACAUCAGAGAAACACAAGAUGAAUGUUCCGGAGACCAUGACGGAGAUACUGGACGUGUCGGAUGAGGAGGGUGAGGACACUAUGACAGGGGAUGGAGGGGAGUACCUGAGAGCUGAGGACCUGAGGGAGCUGGGAGACGACUCUCUACCUGGACAAUACCUGGACGGAUUCAACUACAUGAGCCACAACCUGGACAGGUCUCAUCAGACCCCUGUCCACCAGAGAGAUGGAGUCCUGAUUGAAGACAUGAUCACCAGCCACCAGGUGUCGUCUCUGUCCAGAGAGAAUGAGAAGGACUCCUUCAGACUGAGCUGGGGAGCAGAGCACCUGGACAACGUAGUGCUGUCAUCUAGCCUGCUGCACUCUGGCCAAUCCUCCCCGUGCCUAGACCAUGACAACAGCAGCUUCCUGGUCAGUUUCAUGGUGGACGCCAGGGGUGGGGCCAUGCGUGGUUGCCGUCACAACGGGCUGCGCAUCAUAGUGCCGCCCAGGAAGUGUUCCGCUCCGACGCGGGUGACGUGCCGCCUGGUGAAGAGGCACCGCCUGGCGUCCAUGCCCCCCAUGGUGGAGGGAGAGGGGCUGGCAGGACGCAUCAUCGAGGUCGGCCCCACCGGGGCACAGUUCCUCGGUAAGCUCCACCUUCCCACGGCCCCGCCCCCUCUCAACGAGGGAGAGAGUCUUGUCAGCAGGAUACUACAGCUGGGGCCUCCUGGCACCAAGUUCCUGGGGCCUGUGAUUGUGGAGAUCCCUCACUUCGCGGCCCUGCGGGGCACAGAGCGGGAGCUGGUGAUUCUGAGGAGUGAGAUGGGGGAGAGCUGGAGGGAACAUCACUGUGAACACACUGAGGAGGAACUCAACCAAAUACUGAACGGCAUGGACGAGGAGCUGGACUCUCCUGAGGAGCUGGAGAAGAAGAGGAUCUGCCGUAUCGUCACCAGGGACUUCCCACAAUACUUUGCGGUGGUGUCGCGCAUCAAGCAGGACAGCCAACUGAUUGGUCCUGAGGGAGCGGUGUUGAGCAGUACUCUGGUACCUCAGGUCCAGGCUGUGUUCCCAGAGGGGGCUCUCACUAAGAAGAUCAGGGUUGGACUACAGGCCCAGCCAAUCAGCGUAGACCUGGUGAAGAGGAUUCUGGGUAACAAAGCUACUUUUAGCCCCAUCGUUACCUUGGAGCCCAGGAGGCGGAAGUUCCACAAGCCAAUCACCAUGACUAUCCCUGUCCCCAAAAGCUCAACCAAUGACGGGACAGGCAACGUGUUUGGAGGGGACACGCCCACUCUGCGUCUGCUCUGCAGUAUCACUGGUGGGACCACUCCUGCCCAAUGGGAGGACAUCACUGGCUCCACCCCCCUCACCUUCAUCAACCAAUGUGUGUCCUUCACCACCAACGUGUCAGCGAGGUUCUGGCUGAUAGACUGUCGUCAGACCCAGGAGGCUGUGAGUUUCUCUACCCAGCUGUACAGAGAGAUCAUCUGUGUCCCCUACAUGGCCAAGUUCGUCAUCUUCGCCAAGACGCUGGACCCCAUCGAGGCUCGCCUCCGUUGCUUCUGCAUGACGGACGACAAGAUGGACAAGACGCUGGAACAGCAAGAGAACUUCACAGAGGUGGCCCGGAGUAGAGACGUAGAGGUAUUGGAAGGGAAGCCUAUCUUUGCAGACUGUUUUGGGAACCUGGUUCCUCUGACCAAGAGUGGACAGCAUCACGUCUUCAGCUUCUACGCAUUCAAAGAAAACCGUCUCGCACUCUUCAUCAAGAUUCGUGACUGCGCCCAGGAGCCGUGUGGCAGACUGUCCUUCACCAAGGAGCCCCGCACCUACCGUAGUCUUACCCACAAGGCAAUCUGCAACCUGAACAUCACGCUGCCCACCUACUGCAAGGAGUCUGAUUCAGACCUAGACGCAGAUGACGAGAGUGACAAGAGUGACAAAAAAUACGACGAGACGGAGUCGACAGAUACUUACACGCUGCCGACCAAUCAGGUGCUAGACCCAGCCAUGCUGGCCAGCCCUGACCUCCUUUCAGAGGUCUCCGAUAUGAAACACGACCUCAUCAAGAUGUCUGCCAUCUUGACGACAGAGCAAACUGAACACCCAAGCCCUUCGGAUAGAGGAAGAGGAGGAGGAGGAAGAGGAGGAGGAAGGACAGGGAUGGAGGAGGAACCCGGGGAGCCGUUUGAGAUCAUGGAACAGGUGAAAGAGGAUCUGGAGAAGGUUGGAGAUAUUUUACGAGGGGGAGAUACUAGAUUCACAAACAACAAAGAGAAAGUACUGCAGAUGUCCAAAAUGGAGGACAAGGAGUUGGUUAUUCUCUCUCAGACUAAAGCCAAAGCCAUGACUCCCUCUGAUGUUCAGGAGCCGGUACUACAAGAAGUCAACAUUCAGAGGAAGACCUCUCCCACAAUUACCAAAGAGGUUAGAGAUAUGUCAGGUAUGGUGUCUCACCUCAGUGGAGGCGUGAACCAGCACCUAGAAGAGAGAUUUGGCGUAACCAGUUACCCACUACAGGACAUCAUAGUCCAGGAGAGAUUAGAUCAGGUCGUUCUGAAGCGGGAAGGCAAACGCCAUCCUCCUGAGAUCAAAAAGCCGAUCAGGAAGAAGUUGAGGGACAGGGAACGUUCUGGAUGCAGCAGUUCCGAGGGGGAGCUGGAGAGGAUGAGCUCUGAGGAGUCCCUUGAUGGGGAUGUUGUUCUGGGAGAGGCGAGGCAGGAAGUGGUUCCCGGGUCUGAGCCUGGAGUGAUUCCCGGGUCUGAGCCUGUAGUGGUUCCCGGGUCUGAGCCUGUAGUGGUUCCCGGGUCUGAGCCUGGAGUGGUUCCCGGGUCUAUGCCUGGAGUGGUUCCUGGGUCUAUGCCUGGAGUGGUUCCUGGGUCUGAGCCUGUAGUGAUUCCCAGGUCCAUGCCUGGAGUGGUUCCCGGGUCUGAGCCUGUAGUCGUUCCCAGGUCUAUGCCUGGAGUGGUUCCUGGGUCUGAGCCUGUAGUGGUUCCCAGGUCUAUGCCUGGAGUGGUGUCUGGGUCUGGACCUGGAGUGGGGCCCAGGACUGAGUUUAAACCGACUGCAACCCUGGAUUGGGAUGUCGUACUGGGGGAGUCUGGGCUCGGGUCUGGGUCUGAAACUUGGUCUGGGCCUUCUGGACCAACCCCAGCCAUGGAGCCCCCAGUGUCGCCCCUGGUCGUGGAAACCCCUAUCGGAUCCAUAAAGGACAGAGUGAGAGCUCUGCAAAAGAAGGUUGAGGAAGAGGAAGAGGGGGAGGAUGGCCGUAAGCGAAAGCCUACACAGGCGCCAGUCCCUCAGAACACAACUUUCUUCACCAUCACUAAGGAGACAGGUGAGCCCCAGAUGCCAGAUCUUCCUAAGCUUCCCAGAUCUCUGAAAUCCCCCCGGUCUCAGACGGAGAGGCUGGAGGAGACGAUGUCUGUCCGGGAGCUGAUGAAGGCAUUCCAGACUGGCCAGGAUCCUUCCAAGAACAAAACGGGGCUCUUCGAGCACAAAGCCAUGACGUCAUCCACAACCUCCACAUCGAGCUCCGAGGCAGUGAUCUACAGUGAGACCUACAGAGCUGAAAACAGUCCCACAGAGCAUACGCCAGCAGAAACUCCAACUUCCACAAUCCUCUGCUCGCAUAGUGAUGUCCUGGCUCUCCAUUACAAAGGGGUGGAUGAUGAACCAAAUCUGAUCUUAGUAAGAGACCACUCUGAAGACUCUGAGAUAACUCAUGUCUUAGAAAGGGACCACUCUGAAGACUCGGAGAUAAUUCAUGUUACGGUUCAGUUGCAGGAGUCAGCGACAAACAUCAACAGAAUACAACCAGAGGACAGAGGGAUCCCUCUAGACAGGGCUCUACCAGAGGACGGAUGUAUCCUCCUAGACAGGGUUCUGCCAGAAGGUGGAGGGAUCCUCCUAGACAGGGCUUUACUGGAGGAUGGAGAGAUUCUCCUAGACAGGGCUCUGCCGGAGGGUGGAGAGAUCCUCCUAGACAGGGCUCAACUGGAGGAGGGAGGGAUCCUCCUAGACAGGGCUCUACCAGAGGACAGAGGGAUCUUCCUAGACAGGGCUUUACCAGAGGACAGACAAAUCCUCCAAGACAGAGCUCUACCAGAGGACGAUGGGAUCUUCCUAGACAGGGCUCUACCAGAGGACGGAGGGAUUCACCUAGACAGGGCUCUACCAGAGGACGGAGGUAUCAACCUAGACAGGGCUCAACCAGAGGACGGAGGUAUCAACCUAGACAGGGCUCUACCAGAGGACGGAGGUAUCAACCUAGACAGGGCUCAACCAGACGACGGAGGGAUCCUCCUAGACAGGGCUCUACCAAAGGACAGACAAAUCCUCCUAGACAGGUCUCAACCAGAGGACGGAGGGAUCCUCCUAGACAGGGCUCUACCAGAGGAUGGAGGGAUCCUCCUAGACAGGGCUCUACCAGAGGACGGAGGGAUCCCUCUAGACAGGGCUCUACCAGAGGACGGAGGGAUCCCUCUAGACAGGGCUCUACCAGAGGACGGAGGGAUCCCUCUAGACAGGGCUCUACCAGAGGACGGAGGGAUCUCUCUAGACAGGGAUCUACCAGAGGACGGAGGGAUCCCUCUAGACAGGGAUCUAACAAAAUACAGAGGGAUCCCUCUAGACAGGGCUCUACCAGAGGACGGAGAGAUCCUCCUAGACAGGGCUCUACCAGAAGAUGGAGGGAUUCUCUUAGACAGGGCUCUACCUGAGGACGGAGGAAUCUCUAUAGACAGGGCUCUACCAGAGGAUGGAGGGAUUCUCCUAGACAGGGCUCUACCAGAGGACAGAGGGAUCCUCCUAGACAGGGCUCUACCAGAGAAUGGAGGGAUCAUCCUAGACAGGGCUCUACCAGAGGACGGAGGGAUCUUCCUAGACCGGGAUCUACCAAAGGACAGUUGUAUCCUCCUAGACAGAGCUCUACCAGAGAAUGGAGGGAUCAUCCUAGACAGGGCUCUACCAAAGGACAGACAAAUCCUCCUAGACAGGCCUCAACCAGAGGACGGAGGGAUCCUCCUAAACAGGGUUCUACCAGAGGACGGAGGGAUCCUCCUAGACACUGCUCUACCAGAGGACGGAGGGAUCCCUAUAGACAGGGCUCUACAAGAGGAUGGAGGGAUUCUCCUAGACAGGGCUCUACCAGAGGAUGGAGGAAUCCCUAUAGACAGGGCACUACCAGAGGAUGGAGGGAUUCUCCUAGACAGGGCUCUACCAGAGGACGGAGUGAUCCAACGUGACCGGGAUCUGUCAGAUACUGGAGGAAUCGUCCUAGACACGACUCUACCAGAGGACAGAGGGAUCCUCCUAGAUAGGGGUCUACCAAAAGAUGGAGGGAUCCCUCUAGACAUGGAUCUACCGGAGGACGGAGGGAUCCCUCUAGACAGGAAUCUACCAAAGGACAGUUGUAUCCUCCUAGACAGGGCUCUACCAGAGGAUGGAGGGAUCUUCCUAGACAGGGCUCAACCAGAGGACGGAGGGAUCCUCCUAGACAGGGCUCUACCAGAGAAUGGAGGGAUCAUCCUAGACAGGGCUCUACCAGAGGACGGAGGGAUCCUCCUAGACCGGGAUCUAUCAGAAAAUGGAGGAAUCUUCCUAGUCAGGGCUCUUCCAGAGGACAGAGGGAUCCUCCUAGACAGGGCUCUAACAGAGGAUGGAGGGAUCCUCCUAGACAAGGCUCUACCAAAGGAUGGAGGGAUCCUCCUAGACAGGGCUCUACCAGAGGAUGGAGGGAUCUUCCUAGGCAGGGCUCUACCAGAGGAUGGAUGGAGCAGCCCAGAGAAGAUGCAGCUGGAGGAGCCAGAGAUGGGACCAGACAGGAAGUCUUCUACGGAGAUGAUGCAGCUGGAGGAGCCAGAGAUGGGACCAGACAGGAAGUCUUCUAUGGAGGUGAUGCAGCUGGAGGAACCAGAGAUGGGACCAGACAGGAAGUCUUCUAUGGAGGUGAUGCAGCUGGAGGAACCAGAGAUGGGACCAGACAGGAAGUCUUCUAUAGAGAUGAUGCAGCUGGUGGAACCAGAGAUGGGACCAGACAGGAAGUCUUCUAUAGAGAUGAUGCAGCUGGAGGAACCAGAGAUGGGACCAGACAGGAAGUCUUCUACAGAGAUGAUGCAGCUGGAGGAACCAGAGAUGGGACCAGACAGGAAGUCUUCUACAAAGAUGAUGCAGCUGGAGGAACCAGAGAUGGGACCAGACAGGAAGUCUUCUACGGAGAUGAUGCAGCUGGAGGAGCCAGAGAUGGGACCAGACAGGAAGUCUUCUAUGGAGGUGAUGCAGCUGGAGGAACCAGAGAUGGGACCAGACAGGAAGUCUUCUAUGGAGGUGAUGCAGCUGGAGGAACCAGAGAUGGGACCAGACAGGAAGUCUUCUAUAGAGAUGAUGCAGCUGGAGGAACCAGAGAUUGGACCAGACAGGAAGUCUUCUACAAAGAUGAUGCAGCUGGUGGAACCAGAGAUGGGACCAGACAGGAAGUCUUCUAUAGAGAUGAUGCAGCUGGAGGAACCAGAGAUGGGACCAGACAGGAAGUCUUCUACAGAGAUGAUGCAGCUGGAGGAACCAGAGAUGGGACCAGACAGGAAGUCUUCUACAAAGAUGAUGCAGCUGGAGGAACCAGAGAUGGGACCAGACAGGAAGUCUUCUAUAGAGAUGAUGCAGCUGGAGGAACCAGAGUUGGGACCAGACAGGACGUCUUCUACAGAGAUGAUGCAGCUGGAGGAACCAGAGAUGGGACCAGACAGGAAGUCUUCUAUAGAGAUGAUGCAGCUGGAGGAACCAGAGAUGGGACCAGACAGGAAGUCUUCUGUAGAGAUGAUGCAGCUGGAAGAACCAGAGAUGGGACCAGACAGGAAGUCUUCUACGGAGAUGAUGCAGCUGGAGGAACCAGAGAUGGGACCAGACAGGAAGUCUUCUGUAGAGAUGAUGCAGCUGGAGGAACCAGAGAUGGGACCAGACAGGAAGUCUUCUAUAGAGAUGAUGCAGCUGGAGGAACCAGAGAUGGGACCAGACAGGAAGUCUUCUAUAGAGAUGAUGCAGCUGGAGGAACCAGAGAUGGGACCAGACAGGAAGUCUUCUAUAGAGAUGAUGCAGCUGGAGGAACCAGAGAUGGGACCAGACAGGAAGUCUUCUACGGAGAUGAUGCAGCUGGAGGAACCAGAGAUGGGACCAGACAGGAAGUCUUCUACAAAGAUGAUGCAGCUGGAGGAACCAGACAUGGGACCAGACAGGAAGUCUUCUAUGGAGAUGCAGAUCAGCCCAGACAGGAAACCCUCUGAGGACUUUAGCGCUGACAUCAAGGCCGAGCUGGAGGACAGUCCAGAGUACCAGCUGUUCAGACAGACCUCAUUUAUAGGGGAUGACAACCACCCACAGGCUGAAGCAGCCGAGGAGGAGCUCCCAGCAGACCACACAAACGACACCCCAAACUUCAUGUUCAGUCUCUGUAUGCGCGAAGACAUGAGGGAUGAGUUAUUCACUAAGGCUGAGAACCUGGUGGGGAAUGAAAGCCCUGUGAGUCUAAAGCAUGAAGGCGCAGCGGUCUCUCCCGGGACUAGCCUAGGAACCAGGACUCCCCAUUCAAGCACGGGGGAGAGUGAGAAACAUGAAGGAUUAGCAGACACCCCACAGAUGAGCCCACUCACAUUCCCCACUCAGGAGAUUGACCUGCCCACAGUUUAUAAAGAGACAGAGAGAAUGGAUGGGAUGAAAGUACGAGGAGAUGUGAUUCAUGGUGAUGAAGAAAUUUUGCCAGAAACUGAAGAUUUAGUCGUAGAAACCAAAUCAGCGACUCCGUCCCCUGUUCGGGAACCGCUGUUACAAGAAGUCACGGUCCAACGGAAGACCUCCCCCAGACCGGUUAAAGUGGUGAGAGAUAUGUCAGGGAUGGAGUCCCUCCUCAAGGGAGAUAUGGAUCACUACCUAGAACAGAGACCAUCACCUGUCUGUGGCGCUGAAGUGAUGACAGUUCAGGAACCGCUGUUACAAGAAGUCAGGAUGGAAAGGAAAACCUCCCCCAGACUGGUUACAGUGGUGAGCGAUAUGUCAGGGAUGGAGUCCCUCCUCAGGGGAGAUAUGGAUCACUACCUAGAAAAGAGAUGUAUGGUAAAUAGUGGUUCACCAAAGGAUGACAUCGACCAACAACAGAGUUUCAAACAGACCAUCCUUGCCAGGGAUGACAAGCAACAAUCACUUAUUUUCUCCACAAAGGAGGUAGACAUGUCUACAGAAGAUACAGAGACAGAAAAAGAAGACUGGUGGAAAGUGCAAGACAUGGAUGAUGGUGGCUCUCGGGGUGCCGAAUCGAUAAUCUUGAACCCAGUUCAGGAGCCGAUGUUACAAGAAGUCAUGAUCGAAAGGAAGACAUCGCCCAGACCAGCUGUAGGAGUUAAAGAUACGUUGGGCAUGGAGGCACUCCUCAGUGGAGAUUUAGAACAGUACCUAGAAGACAGACCUGUAGAUCUCAGUGGUGUACCGGAGGACGACAUCGUACAAGAGAGAUUUGAACAGGUUGUGAUCACACGAGAGAGAAAACAGGAAACCCACACGUUCUCCACUGAGCAGGUAGACCGGUCCGCAGCAGAUAAAGUGACAGAGCGAGAUGUUGUUAAUGUAGUGCAAGUAGGAGCCGCGGAGGACGGUGUCAUCUACGGUGAGAAAGACUUCGUGCAGAGUUGUUCAGCUGGGGGGGAAGCAUCAGAAAGUUCAGCUACUACAGUGAUACGUUCAAGAGACUCAAAGAAGGUGACCUUUGACCUUCAAAGGACGUUUGAUUCAGCGCUCCCUGCUCAAGCCUCUGAAGAGGACGACCAGGUCCCUGUUGAGACAAGACCCAUCUUAGAGGACUGGGAUGAUUUAGAGAUAAAACCAUCGUACCACAAAUCUACAGAACUUUCAUACUCAAACCCAUACAUGCAUGACUCAAUUUCAGCAGACAGAAUUGCUCCUGAAUCUAGUUGGGUUGUACCAGAGUGCCAUGAAAGGGAUUCAGCUGAUCAUGGAGCUGGGCACAGUCCAGACGGUGUGGGUCAGGCCCUCAGACCUGCAGACUUAGAGGUCCUCUUUCCUUUGGCCCUGGGCCACCCUGAGAGACGACUCUCCCAUGGGGAUUCUCUGGAGACCAGUCCUGUCAUGGAUGAAGGUUCCUCGAGGAAGUCCCCUGACUCUAUAGAGCCAAGCUCAACUGGUGACUCCCCCUGCCUUGACUCACUGGAGAGCAGCCCCACUGAACUGAAACUAGACACAGGCUUUCAGGCGACAAAGAAGACAGCUGUGUAUGAAGACUACUACUCUCAGCUUAGAGCCUGUCUCGGUGAGGAGCACGUCAGCAACAUUGAGAAUGAGGAUUACUCCAAACGGACUUAUCAAAUGGAUGGUGAGCGCGAGGGUCCCGUCCCAUUGAAGGGGGAAGACCCUGAGUGGCUCUCCAUGCCCAUAAAUCUGAGCUCAAACCCUGAGGAUGAUAUGGACGACGUGGAUGCAGAGGGCAGCGAGACUGGCCAGAGACAGUUCACCCCAGAGGAGGAGAUGUUCAAAAUGGCCGCCAAGAUCAAAACCUUUGAGGAGAUGGAGCAGGACGUUAAAACGAAGACAGACGGGAAACCCUCAGACGGCUCUGUGUUAUCAGACUCUGAGGAUUAUGAAGAAUGUCAGUCGAUCGUUGACCUGAUGGACAGGGAGGCAAAAUCAUCUAAGCCCAAAACCGACGCCGGUACUCUUCAGUCUGAAAUUGAAACUGUGGCUGAAAUCCAACCCUCAGUCCCUGGUGCAGUAACUGCGUUGGAUAGUUCAGUUCACUGUGAAGCUCACCUACCAUACAGUGCCUCAGGACAUUCACCAUCAGGAAAACAGGUCUCUGAGCACCUCGAAUAUCGUUCACUAAGCACUGAAAAAGAACAAUAUACCACAGAGAACAUCAGUGAAAAUAUCAGUGAACGUACUGAGCAGAAAGAGAAGAUAGAUGUAAUAUCAGCUAUGCAAGCACACAAGGAGGAGAUGGAUCAGUCACAGUUGAGUGUCAGUCAGUCUGGUGAAAGUCAGUCAGUCAAACCAGAGGUGUUGUGCACCGACGAUGAAAGCUUCAAGGAGGUGAAGGAUGCGGAUGGUAAGGCAGCCGUGUUGGAAAUGCAUCCCGAAGACAUGCCUGUUCAAGGAGAGCUGGUCCCAUGGAGUGCCAUGUCAGACGACAACGAGGAUGACAAUGACGACGAAGCCUUCGCAGCACGUGUGGAGGCGGAGGAACAAAGGAUUAUGGGUCUCAUGGAAGACCGCCGUACCCCUGACACCACACCGGGUCGCACACCAACCGAGGGGGGCACCCCCAAUCCCUUCCAGUUCCAGGAAGGGAAGUUCUUUGAGAUGACCAGAGGGGGCGCUAUCGACAUGACAAGGAGGAGCGUUGAAGAGGAGGGCGAGGGCUAUGCCUUCUUUCACAUAGGAGAACACCCAGUUGACCAGGUUCUGUUCGAGGACACUGGAGAUUGCGCUAGCCCCGAUGUUCUCAGAACAGAACAGAAUAUUGCCAUUGGUGAUCUACAACUCCAGAAGGUGGACCAAACCAAAGAUGAUUCUGACUCCUCCUUCCAGACUAUACCAUUACCCGAGGCUGAUCAGAGGGGGAAACCAGUGGCCAAACUCAGUACCUCCAUCAAAAUGGAGCCAAAAGCUGAAACAUUCCCCCUGCUAGAAGCUAAGAUGGGAAGCUUCUUAGAGGUAGAUUCUCCAGACCCGACUAUAGCUGAACUCCAGAUGUUAACCACCACUACUCUUGUCACCCGCUCUGUGUACUCUGAACAGGUCCGCCAGUCAUCCGACUCAUCCCUUGAGGAUGAAGAAGAAGAGGAAGAGGAGCAAGGUUCUGUCAUUGAGAUGCCCGCUGGCUAUUAUGACUCAGUGGCACCCCCUAGUGUCCUGCAAGGGUAUGACACAUCGACAGGGUCUGACACCUCAAUGGCACCCCCUAGUGUCCUGCAAGGGUAUGACACCUCGGCAGGGUCUGACACCUCAGUGGCACCCCCUAGUGUCCUGCAAGGGUAUGACACCUCGUCAGGAUCUAACACCUCAGUGGCACCCACUAGUGUCCUGGCAGGGUCUGGCACCUCUAGUGUCCUGGAAGGGUCUGACAUCUCAGUGGCACCCCCUAGUGUCCUGGCAGGGUCUGACACCUCUAGUGUCCUGGAAGGGUUUGACAUCUCAGUUGCACCCUCUAGUGUCCUGGCAAUGUCCUACACUUCAGCAGACACUGCGGCUAAGGAUGAAAGCAGUUUCAAAUCAAAGAUACCCAUCAAAGCUGGUUCAAUGAAAUCAGACCUCGGCCUUGAGCAGAAAUCAACAGUGGAGGAAUCUCUUGUUCAGGACCGGAGGACGAGGUCCGAGGAGGAUUUUGGAGCCGGGAAGAAAAUCUUAACUGACAAAGACAGCAGGAGUCACUCCGACAGCGACCAUCCUGCAACUAAAUCCAAACCUCUCACCUCCAGACUCCCUGUCAUGAGCAAACACAAACCCACAGCCCACUCCUCCUCCUCUUCCCAGCCUGACAGAGACCAGGGCUCUGACGUACGAGAGCCUUCCCUCCGAUCCUCUCUGGAUGUCGACGACAUCAGCAGCAGCGGUGAUCACAACAGUCCAGAUUCUGUGAUCUUCAAGUAUGACAGACCAACGCCUCGCAGAUCUGCCCCGGACACGAGGGCUUUGUCGACUCAGACACGGGUUCGAGCUUCCUCGGUGACGGGGGAGGUGUUUGAGUCGAGACCCAUCUGGGAAGACUCAGUAGAAACUCAGAUGCAGCGAAUCUGGGAUGAUCGGACAAUGGAGCGGCAGCAAGUGGAUUGGCACGACGAUGCAGACAGGAAAGAGGAGACGUUGGCUAUCAUUGCAGACCUGCUGGGGUUCAGCUGGACAGAGCUGGCGAGGGAGCUGGAGUUCAACGAGGAUGAGAUCCAGGAAGUGAGGACGGAGAACCCUAACUCUCUACAGGAGCAGAGCCACGCCCUGCUGCAGCGCUGGGCUGAGAGAGAGGGAAAACACGCCACCGCAGAGGACAGCCUGAUAAAGAGGCUGACCAAGAUCAACCGGAUGGACAUCGUCCACCUGAUAGAGACCCAGAUGAACAAGUCAGCACAGGAGCAGACGUCCAGGACCUACGCAGAGAUAGAGAAGACUCUGGACCAGAGUGAAGUGUCUGUAGCCCUGUCCUCAGUGCAGGAGGACGUAGACAGCCUCAGACUGGUGAGGAGGGUGGACUCUUCUCCCAGACCGCCCCCAGCCGUCUCAGAGGAAGACUUAUCAGUAGCCUCCCUCCUGGACAUUCCUUCCUGGGCGGAGCCUAUGGGCCACACCCACUCCGAGAGCAUGCAUGGGCUAUUGGAGGAUCUGGAGAUCACAACGGAGCUGAGCCCCAACCCGUGGACUUUGGAGGACACGGUAACAAGGGAGUCCACCACCAACAGCGAGCAAGUUUCAGCAGGAUCCUCAAACAAAACACUCAAGUCUGAAACCCAAUCUGGGACUCCAGAUCUCCAGAUUCCAAAUGCCUUUGUAUUCAGUCCGUUAUCCCCUGAAAUGACAAUGCCCACUGAGAAGAUGAGGGUAUCGCCAGAAAGUCCAGAAAAACCAUUGAAUCUGAACAAGGAGUCCUCUUCUUCUGAAACCAGUCCAGUGUUACCAGACCUUUUCAGCCACAACGCCGAAGACAGCCAAGGUGAUGAAGCACAAUCGUCAGCGAGCAAUCUAGAAGCACCCCCAGAGUCAGGGGCACCCACCCAGCUUGAUCAGCUGCUGUCGGAAUUUGAAGAAAUCAAACGGGAAUUCCGACCAGAAACUCUAGAACCACUGGACUCACCUCUUUCGGAAACCAGCGAAGGGGGUCUUGAAGAUCUACAACCUUAUGUUGAGAUUGAGGAACUCUUGCCAGAAUCCGACGGAUAUCCCACUGAGGGUGAGGAAGAGAUCUCUAGUCCAAGUCCCUCAUGCCCUAUUCAGAUCACAUGGGAGCCGGCUGAAAUAAGCGUAGUGGCCUCAGUGCCGACCGAUCUCUCCCUGUCCUAUGAAACCGACCCGGAGGUAUUUGGGGUGACCGCAGAUCUAAUCAAGACCUUCCCAGAGCCUAGCCAAGUUACAGCUGAUCCGGUUCAGUUGAGCCACUUGGAGUACCAGCAAACACACAGAGCAGAAAAAUCUGAUCUCACCGGUUCCAUACCAUUGGAUAGCCCCACAGCUGCUACCAAAUCCGUCGGAACACCGGAAUCUCCAGAACCAUGCCAUAAAGUUCUAGACCUGUCAUCAGAAUCAAUUGUUCCGUCUCAAAAGUUCCAGUCACUCGAACAUGAGGAUGCUGCUGUAUUUACCGAACCUUCAACUGUAGAAGAACAUCGAAUCAGUCUCCCACAGCAGGACCAGGAGACAGUUGGUGAAGAAUAUGACAACUCCAAAGAAACAUCAAGCAUUCAAGCUGCAGUCAAAAAGGCAUCUUUUGAACAAAGCAAAGUAUUGUGCGAAUCUGAAGGAUUAAUCACUGAGCCCAGCCAAUUGGUAGAUGAAACAUGCACGAGCACUACCCCAGAAGUUGUGUCACAUUUAAGGGAUAGCACUCCCCCUGAAACCCUUGAAUACGAUGAGCAGUCGCCCCAGUCGCUCUCUGACGUGACCCCACUGACUCCAGAGACUGUCACCGCCUACAGGUCACAUUUAAGGGAUAGCACUCCCCCUGAAACCCUUGAAUACGAUGAGCAGUCGCCCCAGUCGCUCUCUGACGUGACCCCACUGACUCCAGAGACUGUCACCGCCUACAGGUCACAUUUAAGGGAUAGCACUCCCCCUGAAACCCUUGAAUACGAUGAGCAGUCGCCCCAGUCGCUCUCUGACGUGACCCCACAGACUACAGAGACCGUCACCGCCUACAGGUCACAUUUAAGGGAUAGCACUCCCCCUGAAACCCUUGAAUACGAUGAGCAGUCGCACCACUCGCUCUCUGACGUGACUCCACAGACUCCAGAGACCGUCACCGUCUCCAGGCACUUCAGCUUCGAGGAGUUGAUCCCUUACCAGAGUCCUAGGUACCUCAACAUGCUCUCUGAAGAGCUCAGGCCAAAUACCAGUGAGCAACCAUCAGAUAAUCCAGUCACCCCCAUAGAGGAAGAGUUCAGUUCUCCAGUCACCCCUGUUGAAGUAAAGUCCCAUGUCUCCCAGCCCGGUCCAGUAGAUCCCAUGGCAGAGAUGGUGUCAGCCCAGCCCGGUCCAGUAGAUCCCAUGGCAGAGAUGGUGUCAGCCCAGCCUGAUCCAGUAGAACCCAGGGCAGAGAUGGUAUCAGCCCAACCUGUUCCAGAGGUUACAGCAUCAGCCCAUGAUGAAGAGUUCUUCAUGGAGUUCAGCCUCCCUCCUGAGUAUGCUGAGGCAUCCUCCUCUAUCCACAAACCCAAUCCUCCGGCCUACGCAGAAAUCAUACGAGGCAGCACAACAAUGCACUUAUACGAAGACACUGACCCGGAGACUUACUUUGACUGCAAACAGGGAGUCUCAGACUUCUCCGAGAUGGAACCUGACGAACUGAAGAAGAGGGAAAGUUCAGGGGUUGGCCAAACCCAAGGACAAGCGUCCCAUUCAGGAGCCCUGGGGAGAAAGUACCAGAAGCCGACGGCACUUCUGGUUUGCUCCGCAGUGCGCAAACACGAGCGCGGAGUCCUGCUGUCCUCAGGGAGUGAGGAUUAUGACGACGCACCUUAUGAUGACAUCAAGGAAGAGAACGAAGAGCUGGCCCAAUCUCCCGGCACACACAGAGACGACUCAGCCUUUUACCAGGCUCCUCAGGAGCUUCCUCCUCUCAGAUCAGCAGAUGAUGAUGACUCCCUUGACAUGCAGGGUGAGAUGACAGACAUCCCUCCCCAGACUGUGACAGAGGAGCAGUACACAGAUCAACAUGGACACACGGUGGUUAGAAAGGUGAAGUUUUCUGAGCGUGACUCUGACUCAGCGUGGGGUGAGGAGGAAUCAGCUGAAGGUCACGAGGUCAGCCUUGUGGAGCGGAACGCAGUGGUGGGGGAUGAGACGCAGCACGGUGACCCCACCCUGACCUCUGACCUCCCAACGGCACGGGACGACUUCACACAGGGCCAAGAUGUGUAAGGGACGUACCCAGAGACGGACAGUAGUGAGAGGGGAGGAGCCUGUGGUAACAGGAAACAGGUUCUCCUGGAGCACCUUCAUCACCUUAUCCACCUCUACUGUUAGAAGGAGGAGGAAGAGGAGGAGGAGGUGGGGAUGAGGAGGAAGAAAAAGGAAUAACAGGCCUCCUUUAUCACCUCGCUAGUUUCCUGUUCGGCCUCUGACCCCGCCCCUUUCCCUGAAGAUCCACCAAUCCUAUGCAUCAGGCACAUGCAAUCCCAGAGUGCACCUCAGUCCUACCACCGUCUUCCUGUUUCAACAAUCACUUCUUUUCUUUUUGUUUUGGUUUCUUCUUUGUGUGUUUUUCUUUUUGUUUUGGUUUCUUCUUUGUGUGUUUUUCUUUUUGUUUUGGUUUCUUCUUUGUGUGUUUUUCUUUUUGUUUUGGUUUCUUCUUUGUGUGUUUUUCCAUGUUUGUUUUCUGUAUGGGACAUUAGUCAUAUAUGUGUUGUACUGCUAGAGGAGGUUGGUUGGACUAACAGACGCUACGAUGUACACCUCACAGCACUACCUGUCUCUACUACUACAGUUCUUCGUUAUUCUUUACUACGACGUGAAAACUACAGCACUUCCUCUUCCUCAUAUUGACCUUUCUUUAAAAAUAGGUCAGAUAUCACGAUGUCACCUGUAGCAACCCUUAACCGUAGUCCUCGCUUCCUGCUUCCUGCUUCCUGCUUCCUGCUUCCUGUUGCUGGAGUGUUUAGUGUUCUUGUUCUACCUGUCUUCAGAAAGUAGCUAUAUCUAAAUAUGUGGUUUGAAAAAAAAACGUUUGUCAUCUGUAACCUAGGCAACCUUAUUAGUCCCCUCCAUUACCAGGUAGAGUAGGCAUGAUUGGUCGGUUAGCUGGUGACGAUCAUAGCUGAGAUAUGGUUAAUUAUAUAUAGCCUUGAUCCUUUUCUCUCUCCUCCCUCCCUCCCCCUCCCCCUCUCUCCUCUCUCUC